CACAAAGGAGAGGGAGUGCUGGUAAGAUAGCUAGUUGUUCCUCUUGCUCGUUGUUGCAAGCCCGAGAUAUGGCGGGCGAGGUGGCGAGCAAUGCUCAGUCGUAUGGUGGCAGUUCCUGUCUUUGUACUUGGAAAACUUCCAUCCUGCAGAUCCGUCGUCCAAUCGGGACCGUUUUCGAGUUGCUGAUUCCUCCGCUGGCCGUUGUUGUCCUGAUAGGACUAAGGUUUGGUAUAUUCCAGCCCGAAGAUCAAUGCUUCACGACCUUUCCUUCCGACCCACUCACUGUGCCUCUACCAAACAAUACCUAUCAGAUCUUCUACACCCCAAUUAAUAAUGACACGGAAAGGAUUGCAAGUUGCAUAUCAAAGGCACUACCGUUUGCAAAUGUGAUGGGUGUCGAAAACGAGCAGAUGUUGUUGGGCAAUCUCAGUGAAAACAGCGUGGACCCUCCACUAGAGUUUACCAUGCGAAUCCCGGUGGAUGACAGUAACUUCACUAUCCCUGUCAGAGGUGAUGCUGGCUGCUUCAUUGGCGGAGCAGGGAUUGUAUUCAACAAUGUCAACAGAACUAAAAAUGACGGGCGGCUGGAAUACACUCUAAGACUCAGACAUGAAGUCGGUGAAGAUGAUUCCUGGGAAACUCGCGAGGCUGCUCCAAACUUUCAGCUAACUGGACCACGCGUCAGAAACAAUUUCUAUUUGAGCGAAGGGUUCGUUCAUCUUCAGAACGUAGUUGGAGAGGCCAUAAUUCGACUGAUGGCUAACUCAGACAUGACUGAGUGCGAGGGUGUAUUACAGCCGGAGAUAUCUGUCUCCAUGCGGCAGCUGCCUUACCCUCAGUACACCAUUGACGUAUUUCUCUCUAUCAUAGUCACCAUCUUACCGUUCUUUGUGAUUCUGGCCUAUAUCUACUCUGCUGGAAUCUUCACUAAGGAGCUUGUGCUGGAGAAAGAGACUCGUAUCAGAGAGUCAAUGUUGAUGAUGGGGCUCCAGCAGUGGGUGCUCUGGACCACCUGGUUCAUCAAACAAUUCAUUCUCCUCCUCAUUUCUGCAAUCUUCGUCACCAUUCUUCUCAAGUUUGGACAGGUUUUCCCGAAUUCGGACUUUCUUCUGCUUCUCAUCUUCUUCAUUCUCUACAUUAUUUCGUUCAUUUCCUUCUGCUUCUUCCUGAGUGUUUGGUUCAACACGGCAAGAGUGGGACUACUGGUCGGAUUUCUUGGCUGGUUUAUGAACUACGUUCCCUAUCUCUUUGUUCCUGGGCAGUAUAAUAACCUUGAUCUUGGUGGAAAGAUAGCGUUCUGCAUUCUGUCCAACUCGUGCAUGGGUCUCGGAAUCAACACCAUAUCUCUCCUGGAGAUAAGAGGGGAGGGGGUCCAGUGGGGAAACUUUGCGGAGGACAUCUCCCUGGACGACGACUUUCACCUUGGAUACGUGUUCCUUAUGUUGAUCGUCGAUUCCAUUGUCUACAUGCUCAUUGCAUGGUAUGUGAAUGGAGUGAAGCCGGGACAGUAUGGCGUCCCGAAACCAAUCUAUUUUCCGUUUCAACCGUCCUACUGGCUCGGAAGACCUCUCACUUCAAAAACGAAAAAGGCAAGCCAUGCGGUUUCCGAACGGACUGGUGGCCACGACCCAUCGGCUCACGAGGACGAGCCUAAGGAUCUGCCAGUUGGAAUCAGCAUAAAUAACCUGACCAAGAUUUAUGAUGAGAACCUGCUGGUAAAGCUGCUGGCUAGCCACGAGGAGAGAGAGAAGAGGAGGAAGGUAGCGGUGGACAGUCUGAACCUCAACAUGUACGAGGGUCAGAUCACUGCUCUCCUGGGUCACAACGGGGCCGGCAAGACCACCACCAUGUCCAUACUCACUGGUCUGUACACACCGACGGGAGGUACAGCAGUCAUCAAUGGAUAUGACAUACGGAGCAACAUGGACCAGAUCAGACACAGUCUCGGCAUCUGUCCCCAGCACAAUGUCCUCUUUGACAGACUCACCGUCAGGGAACACCUCACCCUCUUUGGGAGACUCAAGGGUCUGAACGGAAAAGAGGCGAAGGCAGAGGCAGACAGUAUGAUAGAAGAUCUUCAACUCAAAGACAAGAGAGACGUGCCAUCCAGCAGCCUGUCCGGAGGGAUGAAAAGAAAACUGAGUGUUGGAAUAGCCCUCAUUGGAGGCUCCAAGAUCGUUGUUCUCGACGAGCCGACGUCAGGAAUAGACCCCUACGCCCGCAGGGCCAUCUGGGAUCUUCUGGCAAAACACAAGAAAGGAAGGACCAUGCUUCUUACCACUCACUUCAUGGAUGAGGCAGAUUUGCUGGGAGACCGGAUAGCGAUCAUGGCGGAAGGAAAACUUCGCUGCUCGGGAUCCUCUCUUUUCCUCAAGAGCAGGUAUGGGGUUGGCUACCACAUGGUAGUGGUGAAGGAGCCGUCGUGUAAUUCGGACAGCGUCACAUCCAUAGUGGCCUCCCUGGUCCAGGGAAGCAAGAAGAUCACCGACGUUGGCACGGAACUAUCCUUCGUCCUACCCUCGAAUUCGACCAACUCUUUUCCGCAACUUUUCGACACUCUUGAAGCUCGCAAGGAACAGUUGGGUAUAGCUGGAUUCGGCAUUUCCAUCACAACCAUGGAGGAGGUCUUCAUCAAAGUUGGCGAAGGCACGGACGAGUCGCUGGAGAAAAGGGUUAAAAGGACGGGAACGCUGACCGAUAUCCCAUUGCCUUCUCCAACACAAGCUGCACCACCAGCUCCCUAUCCAGAGAAGGUGGCUUCACCUCCAGAAGAGAUUGCGGUAAUAUCUCAAGAAGAACCAACUGCUGCCCCCGACGACGUAGCAGUACUGCCCCAAGAGAAGGUGGCGGUAGAUAUACAGACGGCUGGAGACGAUAGCUCCCUCAAGACACCUCUCUCACCUCCAAAAGAUUUCGUCCAUAACACAGGGAUCAACCUCUGGCUCCAGCAGUUCUCCGCGAUGCUCAUGAAGAGAGCCUACAACACCCUGCGGUUCUGGCAGGCCAUAAUCAGCCAGCUCAUCCUCCCCCUCCUCUUCGUCCUGUUUGGCCUCAUUCUCGCCGUAACUCUGCCCAAUGCCAACGAAAACGAUCCAAUCAGAGCCCUGACGGUACAAAAUUCUGGGCUGGAUUCGUCGAAUAGAACUCUGUUUUUUGCCGAGUUCGAUGAUUUGGGCUCUGUUUUUGAAUUUACGACAGUAACAGGCAUUGGUGCUACUAGCUUUCAUCUUACACCAACGCUAUCAACGAAAUCAUGGAGCGCAUUAGUGAAAUACCCAGGAAUCAAUCGUCAGACUGCUGCGGAUACAGGAACCAGAUUCUGGACAAGUUCUGUGCCGUACAGAAUGCGAGUGAGUUGAAGAAAUGUUCCGGCAGAUUUGGAUACAGAAACUGUAAGAUCGAUGCUGCAAUGCUGUGAAGCUACAAGUAAUCUCCGGAACUUGCACAAAUCCACUCACGCAAUUUCGAGACCCAGCGUACGGACCUCUGCCCCGCCCCGCCCCGCCUCUCGUACGAUGACAUCAUCAACGGGGUAAUGGGACACUUGACAGCCACCUCGUCUACGUCGACGAGCACCUCAUCGAACAGGCAAACGAUUAGAUCAUGAGGCUUCAUCCGCAGGGUUCUGGGCGGAUUUUGUAUGACAUGAUGAAACAAAAUUUUGGGUCGUGCGGCGGUUUUCCAUGAACUUUGCCCCAUUUGUACAAAAACUAGUGGAAGAGCAGUUUACGCAGGUGCAACCGAGGUCAAUAACGGUAGUGAAUAUUUCUCUCUCAACGUCGCCAGCUCACCUGACAGACUUGGAUUUUUUGGAAAGUCAAGAAAACUGCCCAGCUCGUUAUGAGGGGGGCAGCGGGGGGAACGGGGGAUAUUGACGCCGGUUCUCGUGGACGGGACC